UGAAAACAUGGUGAACAUUCCUAAAACUCGCCGGACUUUCUGUAAGAAGUGUGGCAAGCACCAACCCCACAAAGUGACACAGUACAAGAAGGGUAAAAAUUCUCUGUAUGCCCAGGGAAAGCGACUAUAUGAUAGGAGGCAGAGUGGCUAUGGUGGGCAGACGAAGCCAAUUUUCCGAAAGAAGGCUAAAAUGACAAAGAAGAUUGUGCUGAGGCUUGAGUGUGUUGAGCCCAACUGCAGAUCUAAGAGAAUGUUGGCUAUUAAGCGAUGCAGGCAUUUUGAACUGGGAGGAGAUAAGAAGAGAAAGGGCCAGGUGAUCCAGUUCUAAGCUUCAUCGUGGUUUACUGACAAAACAAUAAAGUUUUAAUGU